CGUGUACAUUAAAGGUUUCGGAUUUCAGAGAAAAGUAACACACUUUUUAUCCAGGGUUUCUGGGAAUCAGAGGGGAGGAGAAGAGGAAGUUGGGAAGUGGCCUUCAGUGAAAAUUGGGGCAGACAUGCGGUGGAGGAGACAGGAUGCUCAGGAGAGAAAUCUGGAUGCAUGUCACCACUUCCCGGAGAUGUCUGAACCCAGGAGCAUCUGCGUCUGAACUUUGAUAUGUUGAAGCUUCAUAGACUACUGCUUCGAGAAGAGAUACCAUCUUGGGACCAUUGCCUCCUUGAGAUCCUCCACCUCGUAUUCCCAUAUUCUCUACUGAGGGGGAACAUUGUCCUUCUGUUCACGAUUUGAGGACUUGGUAGAGAAGUAAAGGGAGAUAUGGCAUCUUUGAAGUCAACAGUGGUUGUAUUACUUGGGAUGUUCUUGGUCGUCAAAUGUCAGAACUUUAUAAAAAACUCCAAGGAGAUGAAUCCAGAAGGACGACUCUUCAUCAGUGAAGUAAACCCAGAUAACCCUGGGUACGACACUAGCGAGUUUAUUGAGCUUCAUCAUACCAGUGGCCAAAAUGUCUCCCUCGAUGGCUUCACACUGGUCUUCUAUAAUGGAAAAACCAACACAGCCUAUAAAGUCGUCAACUUAUCAGGAUACUCCACAGAUAAGAAAGGGUUCUUCCUCAUUGGGUCUUCUAGCCUUAGACCAGUUCCCAAUAUUGUCCUGCCACCCAACACCAUCCAGAAUGGACCCGAUGCCAUUGCUCUUUAUUUUGGAAAAGGACCUUACUAUGUGGCAAUGCAAGUGACCCGUGAAGGGUUAGUGGACGUCUUGGUACACAAGACCAAGAGCACAGACCAGGCUGAUGGUCUCGUCAACACCCUGACACCAGGAAUGGACGCCUUCUGGGAGGACGCUGACUUUCACAUCACAGAUGAGUCCAUAGGGAGGUGCUUGGACGAAGAUGGACAACUCAUCUUCCAACUGACGCACCCGUCGCCGGGCAGAGAGAAUUUCUGUAGGGUGUCUUUAGUCGUGCUGAACGAAGUUUCAUCUCCUUACGCCGAAGAUUUAUACGUAGAAAUCCAUGGGCCGCCAUCCACCUUUCUCCAAGGCAUGAGCCUGGCAUUUAUUAGCGCUAUGGAUCAAUUGGUCUAUUACGCUUCGGAUAUAAGAGGUCAAACCGAUGCCAAUGGGUUGUUUUUGCUGGCAAGUGGAAAGCAGGAUCACCGAGCUCAGCAGGCCCUGCCCGAAAGCACUCGCUUGCUCACCAAGGGUGGCGGUGCGGUGGCUCUGUACUUGGGGAAGAGCAGUGAAGUCGUGCAGAACAAGCGAUACAAUACCAGCGGAUUGAUCAAUGCUGUGGUGUAUGGUGACUACGAGGACAUGGCCGCUCACCCCCUUCAGGACCUGACCAUAGGCAAUAGUAUCAUUUACUGGCACACAUGGGAUGUGAACAUUUCUGCCAGCCUGUGUAAUGUGGGUGAGGACCCCAAGUUUAUACUCGGGGGUAGCACUCCAGGACAGCCAAAUAAUUGCCCCCAGAGCUAUCACACGGUGAGGCUGUGCUUCCAGAUUACUACAGAUUGCUCUGAAUGGGAAGGAGACCAAGUCUCCUCUAAGGUUCUGAGUGCGGUGGUCCGAUCCUGGCAGUCCGUCUGCAAAUGUCACGUAUCUUCAAGCUUAUUUACAGAUGCCAACCUGACGUGCCAGUCCCACCAGUUAAUUCUUCAUGUCCGACCGAACGCCACCCUAUCUUCUCAGAAUGAUGAACUUGACAUUGUCCCGCCAUUUGUAUUAAUGGGGAGAGUGAUAAAUGUGCAGAACAAGAAUGCCACCUUCACCGUCUGCCCACAACCCAGUGACCUGCCGACAUCACCUCCAGCACGACCGACCAAAUCUCCUUAUGUUCUUCUAAUUAGUGAAGUGAACCCUAAUACCCCGGGAUCGGCUGAAGAUACUGAAUUUGUGGAGCUUUACCACACAAGCAGCAGCUCGGUCAGCCUGGCUGGAUACUGGCUAGUGCUCUUCAACGGGAAGAACAAUUUGGCAUACAGCGUCCUGAACCUCAAGGGCCACUACACAGAUAAAAAUGGCUACUUCCUGGUAGGCAGCGCCAAGAUGACUCCUAAACCUCACAUUCUCUUACGUCCUAACACCAUACAGAAUGGGGCAGAUGCGGUUGCCUUGUUUUACCGUCCGGCAAAGCAAUAUGGGGUCAACAUGCCUGUGACAGAAGAUGGCCUUGUGGACGCUGUAGUAUACGCUUCACAAGCCAAGGAUGAUGCUUCUGGCCUUUUAAAUGUCUUAACCCCAGGACAGGAGGCUGUACAUGAAGAUGAAAAAUUCCUUGCGGAGGACGAGUCUUUGAGUCGUUGCUAUGGGUUUGCUCCAUUGGACCACUCCAGCUUUCAGAUCACUAGGAUUACCCCUCUUACGAAGAACGACUGCGAUACUGUUAUCAGUCCACAACUCCAUAUGAGACCUCAAGAUCGGUCAACUUCCGCCCCCAUGACACUUUCAAUCAGUGAGGUGGGGGUCUUGCAGGGAUCUAUGCCAUACAACUUCAUUGAACUCAAGGGACCCCCUGGAGCCCCAGUUGAGGAUCAUACAUUGGUCCUGUAUUCUAGCGAUGGGAAGGUCUAUUAUAGGAUUGGUUUGCAAGGCAAAAUCUCAGAUGAUGGGUUCUAUCUCAUCAGCAACAAUGAAACUAGUGACCAGCAGCUUCCUCUGAUCUCCCGACCACGCGUUCUUAGCCCUGAGGCCCUGGCUGUCUACAGGGGGUGCCCUGAGUCAUUCCCUGUUGGGUCCUUCAUGACGAAGAAAGAUAUUUUGGACGCCUUUAUUUUUUCAUGGGAAAAUAGCUCAAGUACAGAAAUUCUAAAAGAUUUAACUCUACACAGUGUUACCUUCUACGAAACUAAACUAUUGGUGUCAGUGAGUCUCUGUGCUCACCCUAGCGGAUCCUCUCCUGUUAUUCUGCCUGUCCAACAACCAAGCCCAGGCUCUGAAAAUAUCUGUCCUUCCGCCAUCACUGCAAUACAGCUCGACCUUUGCAUCAAUGGCGCCAGCAUCGAUUGCUCUGAAUGGCAGACAGGGAGUCAAAGUGCUGUGGAUAGCCUGAAGAUCGGCCUCAGCCAGUCCGUGCAGCAGCACUGUUCAUGUACCGCCCCACCAGCCUAUAUUCAAGAUGUGAAUGUUACAUGUCGCCAGGAAAGGCUUUCCAUCUCUGGCAAUGUCUUGAGCGCACGCAGCGACCAGCACCUCGUACAAAGAUGGAACGCAGACCUGCUCAGCCAGGGAGACACAUUCACCUUGCAAGGCUCCUCCAUGGGCUCCUCGGGGUGCUUCAUUCAAAUGAAGACAGGAUCCUUCAAAGCCUGGCAGGUCUCCCUCCUGGUGCUGCUGUUACUGCUCAUGAUAUGUGGAUUCAUUGGAUUCAUCAUCUACCUACGGAAAAGGACCCCCCAGAACUACACAACCAUUGAAAUGAAUCCACACACAGAGUUAACAGCCGACUACUGAUGACUGGGGAUCUACCGCUAACAUCACGGCCUACAGACAUGCGACUCAUCUCGAGCUCAGCCAAGGCUGGACUUAAUUACUGGUGUCCGAGUGGUCUCAUCCUCCUUCUUGCGGGAAUAAGGCAAGGGGUACGCGGUGACAUUUGUCGCACAACAUUUUUUCUAAUGAUAGUCCAUGGUGUUGCACUGUGACAUGCUGCGA